UCGCACAUCGAAAUGAAUCAGGUGUGUAUUUUGUUAACGAUAUUUUUGAUAUGUUACAAUAAUUACUGUGUCUUGGCCGGAGGCAUUGGCUUCAAUACUUCCGAUAUUAAAAAUGGAAACUGCGUGAUCGCAACUCCCGCGGAUUUGGUUAAAACCGAACACGUUCACAAAACGGGAAUUCCGUUCAUGACUCGGUCAGCCACGUCUGAAUGGCUUGGAAACAAGAAGAUCUAUUGUCUGCAAGUUAUGAACCAGAAGCCAAGCAGUGAUGGUUCCACCGUAUCCAUUACGAGUGGAGGCGUUGGAUACAAUUUCGUUAAGUUGGCUAUGAAGUCUACAAAAGGACACGGUUUGGAUUAUAAUAUACAGAUAUACGCAAAAUUAUACUUUUAAAUAAAUUCAAAUUAUUAAUAAAUAAUAAUAUAUAUAUAAAUAUUUAUGAUGUAAAACGUUGUAAUUAAAGAAGUUAAACUAUUAA